GACGCACAAAGUCGGCGUCGGCGUCUGUAACAAAAAAAAAACCCGAAUCGACGAUCAGCUGUUCCCGGCGUCCCAGGCGUCUCGCGCGACGCCACACACACACACGUUCGUGCCACUGUUCGCGGCCUUGGCUUUGCUCUUGGUCCCGGUUCAAGGAUAGGAACCCGAGCCAGUAUAAACAAAUCCGCAGUCGACGGAUGAAGUGGCCCGUCGUUGUUGUUGUGGGUUCCCGAACGCAAUGGAGAGGGCCGGUAACAUUUUCAUCGAAACGAGGAUCGUGAAUCCGAAUAAAGAAAGACUGAUCGAAUUUUACAAAGACAAGAAAUACGCCGACUGCACGUUCAAAAUAAAAGACGAACACUUCCCAGCUCACAGGAUCCACCUGGCAUGCAGCAGUCCCGUGUUCGAGAGGAUGCUGUUUGGGGACAUGUUCUCGGGUGAAAUCAUCAUUUCGGACAUCAACCCCGAGGUGUUCAGGCAAGUGCUGGAUUACAUUUACACCGACAACAUAACGUUGGAGUCGAUGGAGAACGCCUGGUCUGUCUAUUAUAUUGCGAAUAAGUAUCUGAUAGAAAGCUUGAUACAGUGCUGCCUCCAGUACAUCAAGAAGAACAUCAGCAUGGGGAGUCUGGCGAUGUGCUACGAGUUUGCUGACAUGUACAACCUGGCUGACAUUAAGGUGAAGUGUUUCUCGGACAUGAAUAACUAUUUGAAGGCGGUGUUCGACUGCGAGUACCACAUGCAACCUUCCACCUUGUGUCGCAUACUAUCCGAGAACAAUUACCAGCUGGAUGGUUACGAACUGGUUAUGUACAUCCUCAAGUGGGCCAUCAUAGGGUUGGAACGACAAAAUCUCAACUUAAGCUCCGACAAUGUGAUAAAACUACUAGAAAACUUAGGUGUAAUGAAGUACAUUAAGAAGCCAAGUCUGUCUCAAAAGUGUGGGGACUGUGGGGAGUUCCUGGUGUCGUGUGAAUGUUGGGGGGACCUCCUGCACGACACCCUCAUGAUGAUAAUGGACGACAAGAUGGACAUCUUGGAAGAACCCAACGAGGACAACCCAAAACCAUCAAGAAUAUCCCGAGUGUGCCGGCCAAGGAAGGUGUUCAAGAUCGCCAAAAGGAUAGACUUGUUCCCGUACGAAAAGUACGUGUCCAGGACCUCCGUUAAAAGGGACGUGAUAUUGUUUGGACUUUUAGUGAACACGGAGAUGAAUCCCGGCUUUGUGGAAGGGGACACCUACGACGGUUCAAUAACUAUCGAAAUAUACGACGAGACGAAUGACUGUUACAUCAUGAAGCCCACCACCAUUACGGACAACAUGCGGUACGAUGACCAGUAUUAUGUUAACUUGAAGCAUCUAGCCUAUUUCACCGCCAAAAGGAUCUACAAAAUAUUGAUUUCCUACGCCAACCACACGAAGACUAGCUCAUUUCUGUCCAUCCAUUGCCACUACAUGAGCAACCCCUUCGACGAUGGGGAUUGCUGCUUCAGAUUUGAUGACAUCAACGGCUCAGUUAUAAAAGGAAUCACAUAUUACCCGUAUUGAUAUUAAACAAAUUAUUUAUUGUGAUAUUUCUAGGAAUAAAUGUUGGUUAUUA